GGCGGCGCCCCAUCCGCGCACGAGCGUUUCGAAUGUGACUGGAGAACCGCAUGAAAUACCAACCGGCUGAUGGGAUGUCUUUAAUAGUGAAUUCGCAGACCGACCCCUAAAGAUGCAGCGGCGAUUAGUUUGCUCGGUGGCUUCGGCCUUGCGAGUUCGGGGAAUGUCCAGUUUGCCGAAGCCGAAGAAGUUCUACAAGAAUGUCUCCAUCGUCAAAUCUAUCGAUGGAUGGGAGGUUAAUCUCGAUGAUCGCAAGCUGAAAACUCCAGCUGGGAAGCUGCUCACCGUCCCCAACGAAGCUAUUGCAGCAGCGAUCGCAACCGAAUGGGCUAUCCAAAAAAACACGAUCGAGCGACACGCAAUGCACCUGACUUCGCUGGCAAACACUUCGAUCGACAAUCCCCACAACAAGACGGCCGAGCAACUUUGCGAGGAAAUCGUGGAGUUCCUGGAACAUGAUUCUCUUCUCUUCAGAAUGCCAAAGUCUGAGAACGCCGAAUUAUACGAAUUACAGUGCGAGAAAUGGGAUCCGAUUCUGGAAUGGUUCAGUGAGAGACAUCAAGUGAAGUUCGAGCCUUCGAUGGACAUUGUCUCACCCGAAAUUCCUGCAACCUCCGUUCUAGCUGUCUACAAGGAUCUCUUCUCUCACUCGAGAGCGGCCUUGUUCGGAAUGCAGUUCGCUGUUGAAGGUCUGAAAUCGCUAAUCUUAGCCCAAGCUGCCAUCGACCGAGUUGUCACCGUGGACGAAGCCGUCGAUCUUUCGCGAUUGGAGACGGAUUUCCAAAUCAAGAAGUGGGGAAGCGUUGAAUGGUCGCAUGAGCUUGACAAACAGCAGGUCAAGGCACGGCUGGCUGCGUCGGUCUUGUACUUCCAGCUAUGCGAGGAAUCCGUCGACGUGAAAACGAAACCGCAGAAGAGAUGACGCUGAUGUGGAAUAGUUCCUUUCAAUAACUCAAUACUUCUGGUGGAAGAAGUCCAGGUAGCGAAAUAAUCAUAAACAGAAAUAUACAGGAA